AGGCAGAGGGACAUGCUGCACGGAGCAGGGGCUCGUGGGGAGACCCUGGAGUGAGGAGCUGGGGGAGGAGCAGCCCGGGGUGUCCGGCCGCCCGGGCUCUGCUGGCGUGGGCACCCGGGUGGCACCAUGCUGCAGCAGAUCCUGCACGACAUGUACAUCGACCCCGAGCUCCUGGCAGAGCUGAGCGACGUGCAGAAGCACAUUCUCUUCUACAAGAUGCGGGAGGAGCAGCUGCGGCGCUGGCGGGAGCGUGAGGCCUGGGAGGCCCUGGCCCAGGCCGAGGGGCUCCGGCCCCCCAAGGUCAAGCGAGCGAGUGACAAGCACAUCCAGUGGCUGCUGGGGGAAGAUGGCGAGGUCUGGGUCUGGAUCAUGGGAGAAGGCCCUGGCGACAAGCCCUAUGAGGAGAUCUCUGAGGAGCUGAUUGCAGAGAAGGCGUGGCUGCAGGCACAGCGGGAGGCCGAGGAGCUCUGGAGACAGAAGGAGGCAGAGAUCACCAAGAAGUUCCGGGAUGCUCUGGCCAACGAGAAAGCCCGGAUCAUGGCGGAGAAGUGGAAAGUGGAGAUGGAGGAUCGCAAGGCUGCCAAGGUCCUGGAGGAGCGCAUUCAUGAGGAAUUCAAGAGGAAAGAGGAAGAGGAGCGGAAACGAGGGGAAGAGCAGAUCCGCCGCCAGGAGGAGCAGAGGGCCAGGGAGCUGUACUGGACGCUGAAGCAGGCCCAGCUGCAGAGCCAGGCCAGCGAGAAGGAGGAGCGCGAGUGGGAGGAGCAGUUGCGGCGGUCCAAGGCAGCGGACGAGGAGAGGAGGCGCCGCGCCCAGCGCGCCCGGGACGAGUACCGGCGCCUGUCGCUCCGCGCCCUCCAGAAGGGCGCCGUCGCCGGCCUCAGCUUUAUGCUCCAGGAGCUUGGCCAGAGCCACGGGGAGGAGGCCAGGCUCCGCCACCACUUUCCCGGCCCGGUCAGGUGAGUCUGGGGGGUGGCCUCCCUCCUUCCGUCUGUCCCCUCCCCCCUGACUCUCCCUCGCUCCCUCUCUCUUCUCUGCAGGACUUGGGAGCGCCCUCUGCGUCCCGUCUCCAGAGAAGUCAUAGUCCGCUGGUUCAAGGAGGAGCAGCUGCCUCGCCAAGCUGGCUUCGAGAGGAACACCAAGUCCAUCGCCCCAUGGUUCCACGGAAUCAUUAGCCGAGAAGAUGCAGAAGAUCUCCUUGAGAACAUGACAGAGGGAGCAUUUCUGGUCAGGGUCAGUGAGAAAAUCUGGGGCUACACCCUCUCCUAUCGCCUGCAGAAGGGGUUCAAGCACUUUCUCGUGGAUGCCUCUGGGGACUUUUACAGCUUCCUGGGAGUGGACCCCAAUCGCCAUGCAACGCUCACCGAUCUCAUUGAUUUCCACAAGGAGGAAAUCAUCACUGUUUCGGGGGGAGAGCUGCUGCAGGAGCCCUGUGGCCAGAGAGACAGCCCGCCAGACUACCACCUGCUGUUUGAAUGACACUUGCCCCUUAGCUGCUGGACAACUUUAGGCAUCCUUUCUUCCCCCCCCCAAGAACUUUUCAGCUCAAAUCCUUAUGGCCUUCUGGAAGAUUCACCCCCCAUCCGGAGGAUUAAGUAGAUUAGAAUGUUUCAAGAGCUACAAAAGAUAGGGCCUAUGUGCUGCCGGCCCCUGUCCCAGUGCCCAGGCCAGAAAUGUCUACUGGUUGAUGCAGAGCUUGCAUGAAGAGUUUGGAUAGGACGUCAGACGAUGAAGCCUGUUUGUUGUGGCUGCUCUAACUCAGCUCCUAGAGCCCGUGGAUCAUGUUUUUAUGAUCCACACUAAUGCCAGUGCCGAACUCUGAAUUCAACAUAUGGUGUCCAUUCAAUAAAUGCCUGUUGAAUGAA